AUGCAUUCUAAAAGAUUGGCAGUCGUUGAGGUCGCAAAUAACUUCCUAUCCUGCCGGGCAAAAGAAGACAUCAAAGAAGGUUCCUUCCUGACUGAUCUCUGGGGUAGAGUCAGCGAGAAGGCUACCAGAUACACCGUGGGGCUGUGCAACUGUGGGGCUGUAAAAUGUCUCGGUGAGAUAAAAGGCUUCAAGUUUUUGACGCCAGAGCAACAGAAGUCGAGGGAAAAGGAAUUAUCUCCUAUUUUAAGUGAGCUUUGGCGUUAA